ACGUCACUUCCGUAAACAAAGAGCGCUGUGGAGGCGCGAGGUCCGGGGUGUGACCCCGGCUCGAGCUGCAGCGGUAGCAUCGGCGGCUGCGGCGGUGGCUUCAGAGGCCCCGGGGUCUUUGCAGGGUGGAGAGAACCGCGAUCCCCUUUCUCCUCAGGUCAUAAGAAGCUGGCCUGGGUGCAAUAAGGAACUUAAAACAAUGGAGGAGCGCAAAGUGAAGAGGAGAAGUCCUAAGUCUUUUAGUGCCCACUCUACUCAGGUUGUUAAUACCAAAAAAAAUGCCAUUCCAGUUAGUAAAAGCACGGGGUUUUCAAAUCCUGCAUCCCAGUCAACUUCACAGCGACCAAAGUUAAAAAGAGUGACGAAAGAAAAGGCCAAACCUCAAGGUGGAGAAGGCAAAGGUGCCCAGUCAACCCCAAUCCAGCACUCCUUCCUCACCGAUGUCUCCGAUGUCCAAGAAAUGGAAAGGGGCCUCCUCAGCCUUUUAAAUGACUUCCACUCUGGAAAACUCCAAGCUUUCGGAAAUGAAUGUUCCAUUGAACAGAUGGAACAUGUUCGGGGAAUGCAGGAGAAAUUAGCUCGCUUGAACUUGGAGCUCUAUGGGGAGUUAGAAGAACUUCCCGAGGAUAAGAGAAAAGCAGCCAGUGACUCUAAUCUGGAGAGGCUUCUGUCUGAUCUAGAAGAAUUGAAUUCUUCCAUACAGAAACUCCAUUUGGCAGAUGCACAAGAUGUUCCAAAUACUUCUACCAGCUAAAAUGAAAUUCAGUUGCUUUCUCGUGGUUUGAAGAAAAGCAGCACUCUUUACUUUUCCAGCUGAAUCCAGUAGCAGAAUCAUCUUUCACAAUAAGGAAUUAAAGUAAUUAAAGUGCAAAUACAGUGAUUGCUUUCACAUGCUGCUUUUAGUAAACUUGACUUGCCAUAAUUCACCUAACUGGAGGUCUAGGUCUUGUUGAAGGCUUAAUCAGGAAAUGUGAUACAGAGCUUUUGCUGCUAUGCUUAAUAUUGUUGCCUUAUGGGUUUAUACUUGAAAUGCACUGUGCUAAAUGUUGUUGAUGGGGCUGAAGGAUUUAUCCUUCCUGAGCUCAUCAAACUUAUUCCACUGUUGAUAAGUUGAUGAUGCACAGGCUUUUUGUGGCAGCCCAGCUUCAGUUUACAUUAGACAAUCGGUACACACACCUGGUGUGUUUUCCAGUGGCCAGUGACAACAAAAUGUUGAACGAAUAUUUGUGAAAUUUGCUAUUUUUAAUAAAGUGAUUGUUUUAAAUUAAAAA